UAUAAAUAUACAAAUGCAAGUAACUUGAUACAUACGGUUUAAUUUAUACGCUUUUAGGUAUUCUUUGAGUUGAUUCGGGAAGGUUCACAUUCCUACUCAACUAUCGUCUGCAAUAGGCCCUACUAUUCAAACGUGCUCACUUGAAAAAAAAAACUUCUAAAGGAAUGAUGAAAUAUAUUAAUCCUCAUAUCUCUUUUUUGAUUUCCAUUCCCUCUCUUUCACACCUCCAUUUAUUCUACAUAGUUUUUAGACAAUAUGUCUCUUAACACAAGGCAAUUGUGUUCAACAAGGAAUGUUUUCCGUGGGAUUAUGGGUAUCAUUGUCCUAUUAGUUAUUGUAUUGAUAUAUCGGUCCUCGACCAUCCCUAAAAACAGCUACUGUAAUAGCUCGACGGAUUGUUACAACCUGAUAAGAGAGAAAGCAGCCGAGCGGUUUCUUUUGCACCCGUCUCCUCCCUCGCUUGACCAACAGCGCGAGCAAAUACAAGAGCAAGACAAUGCAUUUAAAGCCAUGUAUGAAGACAACAGCGAGCAAAAACAGGAGAUGGCUAUGGGUGUUGAUAUGGAGCAAGUGAUCGAAAAGGACGAGAAAGCGCUAAUGGCCGAAAAGCUCACAAUGAAACAAAAACAAGAGUACAAGGUAUUGACGGAUGCCAGUUUACCCAGAGUAAAAGGAGCUUUUGUGGUAUUGGCUAGAAACAGUGAGCUGUAUGCCUUGCGUUCUUCCAUGCGCUACCUGGAAGAUCGAUUUAAUAAAAAGUAUAACUAUCCUUGGAUUUUCCUGAAUGAACAGCCGUUCACCGAAGAGUUUAAAAAUAUGACACGCAUGAUGACGAAUGCAGAAGUUCACUAUGGAUUGGUGCCACAGGAGCACUGGAGUUAUCCUGAUUGGAUCGAUCAAGAAUAUGCGGCCGAGUGUCGACAGGAUUUGGCAGACCGAAACAUUCACCCUAAAAUAAAUCAGCGAUCAAAAUGUUUUUUUUGAUCGAUAUUGGCGAUAUCGCUCAAAAAAUCGAAAAUAUCGAUAUCUCCGAUAUUUUUGAUUUUUUGAUCGCUGAUCGCAAAGCCAAAUUUUUAAAUCUCUAUAAAAACAACUUAUACAUAAAUAAAUAGAUGUAGCAAUACCAUGUUAAUAGAUAAACGUAAUUUUUUAA